AUGGGCGCCGCGCGGGGAGAGGAGCAGGAGGAGGGGGAGAGGGAGUGCGGCGAGCAGUACGCGUCGUGGUACGUGAGCCGGGAGGAGAUCGAGCGCGGUUCGCCGUCGCGGCGGGACGGCGUCAGCGCGGCCAAGGAGGCCGAGCUCCGGGCCACCUACUGCUCCUUCAUCCGCGACGUCUGCAUCAGGCUCCAAUUGCCGCAGAUUACAAUCGCCACGGCGAUCAUGCUCUGCCACCGCUUCUACCUCCGCCAGUCUCACGCCAAGAACGAGUGGCAGACUGUUGCAACUGUUUGUGUAUUUCUUGCUUCAAAGAUGGAAGACACACCUUGCUUAUUAAAACAUGUGGUCAUUGUGGCAUAUGAAACAAUGUACCAGAAAAACCCUGAUGCUGCUAAGAGAAUCCACCAGGAGGAAGUUCUUGCAAAGCAGAAAGCACUGAUUUUGGUGGGGGAGACACUAUUGCUUUCAACCAUUAGGUUUGAUUUCAAUAUACAGCAUCCUUAUGAACCACUAAAGUUCGCUCUGAAGAAACUGGGGAUCGUCCAGAAGGAACUGAGACAAUCUGCCAUGAGUCUCAUUAAUGAUACGCUUCCGACUACUUUAGUUGUGCAGUUCAAACCACACUACAUAGCUGCUGGAUCACUAUGCCUUGCUGCCAAAUUUCACAACGUUGAUCUUUCCCAGAAUGAGAUAAUAUGGUGGCAUGUGUUCGAUGUUGCUCUAGAUCCGUUGAAAGUUGUUGUGCAGCAAAUGUUUCAGUUAUUUAAGAAAAGAGCCCCAUGCUCCAUGGGUCCUGUUAUCAAUCCAGUACCAACUUCAAGUACGAUGGAUAAACAUCAGAUCAAGCCGACUCCAACUCCAAUGGAUAAGCAUCAGAUCAAUCAGAUUCCAACUCCAGCUCCAAUGUAUAGACAUCAGAUCAAGCCGAUUCCAACUCCAAUGGAUAAACAGCAGAGCAAUCUCGCUCCAACUCCGAUGGAUAAACAGCAGAUCAAGCUGGCUGCAGCUCCAGCUCCAAUGUAUAGACAUCAGAUCAAGCCGAUUCCAACUCCAAUGGAUAAGCAGCAGAGCAAUCUAGCUCCAACUCCGAUGGAUAAACAGCAGAUGAAGCCAGCUCCAACUCCGAUGGAUAAACAGCAGAUCAAGCUGGCUGCAGCUCCAGUUCCGACGGAUAGACGGUGGAUAGUAAGCACCCCAGUUCCUGCUCUGAGGCACACACAAUCUUCAAGGAGAAGUUUUAGCAAUAGCAAUAGCAAUACAGAGGUUUCUAGUUGUGUGACUACGAGCAGUUCAUUUAACAAGAAUUCCACAAGCAGGUCACCAAGGAAUGAAGGGAAUUGGUACCGAGGAAAGAAUGAAGAGAAUCCGUAUUGGCGAAGACACAUAAAUCAUAACUUGGAGCAUAGGUUAGAAGAACGGUCUAAUCAGAGAACUCUGAGGUCUGAUCUUGCUUACCUUGUUCGUAGUGGGCCAAAGGAUACAAAUCAAACAGAGAUCAAGAAUCUGACCAGACAGAAGAGAAGAAUUCAAGAGGUUGGAGGGCUCCCAACUCCAGUUUAUAUGACUGAUACAAACGCUUGGAGGCAAGUUAGUGGUGUAAUUGUUUUUGAAACAACUUCAUCUCGGCAGAAACAGAAGGUCGAGAGAAGAUGA